AUGGCGCCGUUAACUCGAUCGGCCGCUGGAGCCACUUUAUUCACACCGGCUGCCCAGUCAACUAGACGGACUGAGAUCAUCAAUAUCGAUGAUGAUGACGAGCAACAAUCUUUUGAUGAGAAUUCAGAAUUAGGCUCCGAGGAACAAAACUCAGAAGAUCAAUCGGAGGAUCAAUCAGAAGACCAAUCCGAAGAUCAAGAUGAGGACAUGGACGAAGAAAUGGAUGGCGACAGCGUAUCGGAGACCGGGUCCGAUGUCUCUGAUCCAGAACCCUCUAUGCAGCCUAUCUUUGGAAUUCCUGGCAAGACCCAAGAUGCCCCGCUGUUCACUGCCGCCGGCGCUCAAGAAGCCUUGCACCCCCUUCGCCGAACGGCCGAUCGCGUUACUCGCCAGAUCGAAGCAUUCGCUGACAAACUGGAUCAGUUCAAGCGCGAGAAUGCGACUGACGAUUUCAGCAGCGCCCAGGCGGCCUACAAGCUAGUGCAGAGCUACCGCGACCUUGCGAAUAAUGCGAUUAAGGAAAUUGAGACACAACAGACCCUUGACCGGACAAAGGCCAGCUUGAGGUCGAGUGGGUCACAGAACCCCAAAAAUUACGAGGAAAUUCGGCGAUUGCAACUCGAAGCCGACACUUGGCGCCUUCUGCUCAAUCUGAUCAGCAUCGAUGACCCUUCUAGUCGGGCCAGUUACAAAGCAGGGCGACAAACCGCUUUCCAAAACCUUCACCGUUACUCUACCGAUCGCGAGAUUUGGGAGGAGUUCUUGAACGCCGAUCAAUAUGGCCUUGAAUGUGUGGUUGCUAUGCGAUGGCUGGAGGAGACCUCGAAGACAGCAACCCAGGAAUUCGACUCCCUGAUCACCGAAAUGGAGGCGCAGUCGGAAAGGGGCCAGGGACUAUGGACAACUGGUUGGCUUUACACCAAAGAAGCGAUCAAGGGUCACAAACGUUUGCGCGCCUGGCCGCAACCUCUUGAGCCGAAUGACCCGGGAAUCUCACGCUCGCUUUUGAGCAACGACGAACAGAAACCGUUAGUCACUCAGCUCGAUCCGGAUGCCAUUACUCGCCAAAAGCACGGACUGGAGAAGCAGGAUGAAUUCUUUGAACGCGCCACUUGGAUAACUUGCUGGAAGAUGCUGAGACAAGGUGAAAACUGGACUAAAAUUCGCGAAUGGGCAGAGGGCCGUCUGGAAGGGUGGAGAGCUGUCAGCUUAUGCGGUUCCAGUGUGGACCCCAAAUCUGCAAGCUCUCGAUACCCAUCUGACGAUGGCCACACACGGUUGAUGAACAGUCGAGCGCAUGAUUCAUGGCGUGCAGCUUGCUCUGCGCUGACACGCGACCCUAAUACCGAUGAAUUCCAGCGUGCAGUAUAUGCGCUGCUCUCUGGCGAAACCGAUGCUGCGGCCUGUGUUUGUCGCAGCUGGGAUGACUUCCUUUAUGUGUACUUCAACCGCGUGGUUCUCUCGCGCUACCAGGGAUUCUGCAAGCAAUUCCAGCGGAAACUCAGCCAUUCCCCCAACACCCCCAUGACGUUCGACCCUGAACCGGCUGGGCACGCAGAGCUUCAAAAGUUCCUUGUCUAUCUCAAAGGCAACGACCGGGUCAGUGGGGAGGCGCGAAACCCGUUCCGCAACAUCCAGGCUGCAAUUCUCAGCAAAGGAUACGAUUCAUUCUUCCCCUCGUUGGCUCAGGCUGUGUCCCAAGUUGGCGCUGACAAGUAUGGGAAGAAUUCUGUUAUCCCAGAGAUAGCGCGCAAGCCAGUAGACGAAUCUUUCCUCAUAGCUGCCGAUGACGAAGAGGCCGUCAGAAUUGCGGCCCAUGUCUAUGUUGUGGCCAGUGCCAGAGGCUACGCUCGCGUGGACACUCACUUUGUUGAAACGGCAUCGGUUAUCUUGGCUGGGCAUAUUGCCAACAUGGAAGACCGAGGUCUAUUCCAUCUAGUCCCGCUUUAUGUGUCACUUCUCCCUGCGGAAAUGGGGCAUAACGUUCUGGCCAAGAUUCUUAUUGAAAUCGUCGACCCACAGGAAAAGAUACAGCAAGUCCGGCUCGCACAGAAACAUGAUAUUGACAUGGAGACCGUUCUCGAUGUUCAAUGGUCGUUGGUUAAAGAAAACGUCUCUGUGAUUGAUCACUCAAGAGGCGUCACUGGCUAUUCCAGGGUACUGCGACGACCCGACGGUUCUCAAGUAUUGGUGUCACCCAAGACCGACUUGAUCGGUACCUCUGUCGCUCCAGAGGACGAUAAAUUGAUUCGCAGUCUGGAAUGGCUUCGCUUCAUAGAUGGCCAGUGGGACAAGAUUUGCAAUCUUGGAUCCUGGCUGUAUCGCAAGUUCUUCCUUGCUGAUAAGCUUGCUGCUGCUCGCGAGUUGAGUUUCCGUAUCCGACUGGCAGAUAUCUCGAUCGAAAAGUUUGGAUCCGAUAUUAUUUCCAUGCCUCCCCAAGAACUAGGAUACAGAGAGGCCACCACACCAACUAGCCCGACAAAAUCAAAGAGAAAUAGUCUCAACCGCCGGAGUCUCUCUGCCACGAACAAUGAUUAUCUGGUUGUGGCAUACUCCCAGGCUCACAGGAUAUUAGAUUUGGAGUGCUUGGCUCUCGGGUUCGAUGCCUUGGAGCAAUUUGCCCUGGUACACGAGCAGAUCUCCAAGACCAAACGCCGACGAGACUCGGGCACAUUGAAGAACAUGGGUAAAGACAUGAACGAAUGUGUGGGUAUCUUGGAAGAUUGCAUCGAAACUAUGAUCGAUGGCGAGUGGCUACCCACAGCGACGGAUGACGAAGAAGAGCAAGACUUCGAACAUAUUCGGAAGACUUACAUUCCAGAACUGCUUCUGGAUUACCACAACGCCAUGUACUACGCUAGCUACACCCUCGAACGACACGACCUGUUGACUUCCUGCAUGGUCGUAUCUAUCUGGGCAGCCAACUACGAACAUAUCACACGUGCCUUUGUCAACUCACGACGAAUGGCCGAACUCGUCGAUGUACUGGCUGUGUCAAGUAAGGCCAUGGUCAUUCGGGACUCCAGCCAGCGCAAAUCUUCAAUGGAUCACACCACCUUGGACAAGGGCCAAGAAUUGAAGAUCUGGGAUGUCACGAUUCCUGAAGACGAGAUGAAGCGACUUGGGAUCGUAUCGUCCUCCGAGCGGGGA